AUGAGUAUUCUGUCCAGCAAUUCAUGCACAUCGUCCUACAGCGACAGUUCAAAGGCUUCGAUAGGGCCUGGCGAGUCUCGAAGGAUUUGGCGGACUGGCGUCCUGACAAGUUUGCGUUUGUCUUCAAGUCCGAACCAAACGGCGAGUCCCAGAGUAUCCCCUUUACCUCAAGGCUGGAAGAAUAGCCCUAUAGAACAUCCUGACCCGCCGAUACAAUCAACAAUGCCAUCGACAAGAGGUAUUUUUAUCACUACUCCAUGCGCUAUGGCUGGCAAGACCAUCGCCGGGAGAAUCCAAGUACCACCAAAAACAAAAUUAGACCACCAUUCAGCCCAAUCUCUGAUACUCGAAAUCAUUGGAGUUGAGGGUAUGGCUGUCAUGGAGGUGAUUGACAUUACUAGGCGCGGAAGGCAAACGCAUCGACAUGGCUUUUAUAAGCAAGGCAUCGAUGACUGGACCUUUUGCCAAAAUUCUUUGCGAGGAAAAUCAAAACCAUGGAUAUCUUUUCAAUUGAGUUUACCAGACUGGUUGCAAGGAUCUUAUAGUGACAACAUUAGCAAAGUUUAUUAUGUCAUCCGAGGUGUCAAACAAACUGGUAGGAAUGGCCAUGGCGACUUGACUGUUAUUGAAGAGGAAGUCAUCGUGCGUGCAAAUAUUGGAAACUUGGCAUCCAGAGAAAAGUCGUUAUAUUCACACUUAACUGAGAAUAACUCCAUUGACUUCAGUAAAUACGGUGAAGGCAAUGUCAAAUUACAAUUAUCAAUACAGAGGCGAGUAUGGGCAUCCGGAUCUCCCAUCUUUUGCUCUCUUCAAAUCAACAACGAAACGGAAGUGACUCUCAAGGACAUCAAAUUAAUCCUCCUUAGGCGACAAAAUACGUAUUCAAAUUUAAGCCAAAGCUUUCAACUAAUGCCUGUCAGCUCGCUGUGUGAUGUUGUCAGUACCACCUCUAUCUCUUCUCUUGGCUGGUUUAACGGGCUUGCGAGUGGUGUAAAAGAGAAUGUUGUAUUGGAGUUGCAAACUAUGCUUCAGCAUAUCACUGUCAAAGAUCAUGACUUAAUAGAUGUAUCGUACGCAAUCCAAGCGUCCAUCGAAACAUCUAAAGGUAUGGGUGAAUUCAGCAUAGAGACGUUGGUAGAGGUCCCCAUCAUACUAGUGCACCCACAAACUGUAGAACCGCCGAUACCUGUCAUGACAUCCAAUCCAGCAACGUCAAAUAUUACUUUUGCAGACCUCUUGAGACAAACAGAAGAUAGCAGUGAAAGUGAUACUGACGAAGAAGCGGAGGCUUUCAGUCCGAGGUUCAGCAUAUUUCGCCAACGUGCCUCAUUUUCCAUGUUGCAUCCCACUGAGCUUGUUCCAGCCGAAACUGUCACAAGAAGCGUUUCAUUAACAGCUCCUAAACGAAGGUCAAGUGCAACACACAAAGUAAACAUAAUGGAACCAGCCAUAGCCAACUUUGCUUUGCAUGAGAGCAUUCCAGAGAACCAUUCAAUGCUGAAGAGGAGAUCUCCCGUCAAAAGGUACAUAGUACGACGCGCUUCCAGCCCACAACAAUCUACAUAUAAGCGGAACUAUGCUCGGCGUAUAAGUGUGUUUGAAGACUGCGCUGAGGAUACCAAGCUGCCUAUUGUCGAUCGAUACGAUCUCGCAGCUGAUCCUGAUACUGUUCCUGAAAUUGAAUCAAAUUUGCCACAAUCCUUAAAUGCUGUCUCUUCUUCGAAGGACCAAACUCGACUUGGCACAAGACAUAAGCUUCGUUCGUUUCGAGAUUCUCUACGAAUUUGA